GCUGUUUGUAAAGAAUUUUCCAUUAUAUAAGGUCAUGGCCAACCCAACUCUGCGCAUUGAUACCAGCUAUCUAGAAGUAUCCGUCGAUGCUCCAACAAGUCCGAUCUCACCUAGGAACCGCAACCGCGCAAGGAGUCUCUCGCAAUCUGUGUUCCCCACCUUCCUCCUACCCACUUCUCCGACAUCAGAAAAGUCGCCAAGUGAGUUAACUAGCCUCAUCGCGUCCCAUGGAAGUGUGAAAGCGCGUGACGAGUCGCGUAAGCUUCUCGCGCAUCUGCUUUCGCAAUUGCAGCACAGGCCUCUACCUCCUGCAAGCUUUGACCAAUCAACAGCCAAUACCUACCAGGCGGACAAGGGUUUCAACGCAGUAAUACAGUCAGUAAAAGGGGCAGCGAAACAUAGACGCGGAAGAUCGGACCACGUACCUAGCACCGCAGAAGACAACAGCAGCGACGACGACGAUGGUCCACAGUUCAGCACGGAUGUCACUUUAGACCUCAUGAUACAGCUGAGGGACGUUUUGAAGAUAUCUACGGAUCAGAAAUGGAAUAUCCUUGACGACAGUUAUUCCCCAGCCGAGAUGCAUAAGAAAGGCGAGAAGACGUCCGAGUCGUCAAAGUCCAAGUGGUCUGCCCAGUCCAAAGGGAAGCGAUCUCGUUUGCAUGGCCGUUCCCCAUCCGUCAACUCUGGGCAAGAUGGCGUGCAAGCAACUCCUCUUAUAUCACAAUGUAUAUCCGUGCUAUCUUCAGUCAUCGUCGACGAUUGUCGGUUCAGAACCUCGUCAGCUCGCCUAUAUCGGCCCCCAUACGCGUUGCAGGCUGUCACUCUAGAUGUAGCACGGUCAUUGGUUUUCGCGCACCGUCACAAUGCUAAUAUCCUCUGUCAAAUCGGCUUCGCGGUCAUUCCGGCAUUCUAUGCUUUUCCACCUGUACUACACACGCGCCUUCUCACAUUCUUCGACGAAGGAAUUUUUGGCGUCAUUCUGGACGCGAUUGCGGGUAUGCAGAGGUUCAGCGGAAAUCCGACAUCAGCAAGUAUCUCAGGGAAUGAGCCCUCUGCUUUAAUGCAAAAAGAGGAGCCUUCUGGAGUGUCGAUAACGGUUGAAGCAGCGGAAGAGACGAACUCGUCCUUUAGCUCCGAAUCGAUUUGGCGCAAAUGGUCGAAAUCAAACACACCUAACGGUGUCAAGCUGCAUUCUACUCAUGCACCUGGUCGAGAGAUAGCUAUAUAUCAACUCUCGUCUUUGGUUUCUCCACUAUUGGCCGUGAUUUUUGAAAACAUCAACGUUUCCUCCGAUCAGCUCCCACUGUUGCAUCGCUUCCAUCAGUUGAUGAUCAGAAUCAUCGAUACUAAGCCGGAUGCAUACUUGGACGUUCUGGCUGUCAUUGCUUACCAUCCUCCUGCGGGGCGUUCUCCCGCACUCGCACUCUUGAUGUCCUACUGGCCGAGAGGUAUCGGGCAUCUGAUCGUCAACAAAGCAUUUCCGGUCGUAUCCUACUCCACAUCUCUCAUCCAUGCGUCUCAAGGUCCGAACGUUACUCGGCGGCUGCACGAUAAUCCUCAUGUCCAUCAAUUUGUUCCAUGGCGAUUCACAGCCAGCUCGGCCCCAGUACUAUUGCGAGAAACGUCACCGGACCAAUGUUGCGUAUGCGACAACGGCAUAGACGGAUUCGGCCUUUUCUGCCCUUUCUGUAUGUGUGCUGUGCAUUUCGACUGUUACGAUUAUCCUGAAGGGUGCUUCUUUACGGAGUACAAUUUGGCAUCUGAAGCAGACAAGCAGAAGAUUGUCCUCUAUCGCUUUUGUCAUGUGCUGCCCCCCAGGCGGGGACCUCUGCCGACAACUAUCAUCCAAGACCAGCACACCUUCCGUUUGGUAAACCUCUUCAGCCUCACCCUCUGUCUCAUCUGUCGACGUCCGCUAUGGGGCCCGGUCAUGCAGGGAUUGAGGUGUAUUUCGUGCAAGCAAUUCGCCCAUCAUUCUUGUCUGACACAAUCCGGAGUCUUGCAUGAAGCCCCUCGAUGCCGCUCGAUUUCAGUUGAUGAAACCUAUCUGACCAUCGAGUGGCCUGUAAUGCGAGCAUCCUUCGUGGAACAUUUUCGGGAUAUUCUUCUUCCAGAAGUCGAAUUGUACCAGAAGACGUUUGAAGAAAUCUCAACAUUCUUCGCUGUUCUGUGGACACAGUUACAACUCUUCCAACACGGGGUCGCUCUAGGGUCCAUCAUUGUGUCCCAAGCUGAAGCGCCGUCUAAUUCAGGACAGUCCUUCGAAUUCGAGCUGCACCAUUCCGUCAAACUGUACGAGAGCAUCUUGCUAUCCAGCAAGCUCUUGGUGUCGGACGAACUGAACGAACAUCUUCUGGAUAACAAUAUUCGACCUUCAGAUUUGCUGUUUCCUUUCAACUGGAGAGUUCUGACACUCGUGGCUAGCAGUAUGAAAAUGUCUGUGGCUUCCUCUGGCAUGACUCCGUCCGACUCCGCUGCUUUACUCGGCGUCAGUCAACCAUAUCUAGCAGAAGAGUCCCUCGGCGAUGAAUCAUCGCUCGCUCAUGAAGUUCUGCCACUUGCUCAUCUCCGAGACCAGUUGGGCUAUCGGUUUGGUAUUCAUACCGAUUCGGCUGCCCGAUAUCUGCUUGUGCAUCUGUCACAUCUCGGAUUCUUCCAAAGGCUUGAUGGCGAAGAGGUUAAUUUCGACUUUAUUGCAGACCCAGAGGAGGUGCUGUGCUCAUUCCCUCUCCCUACUGGUUUGGAAGGCUCGAACGCUGUAGAAAUUUUGAUAUGCGCGGUUGAGUCCUGCUUGUCGGACCUGGAUGUAUCGGUGAACGAAGCUGGUCUUCUCCUGCUCGUGAGGAAACUUUGGCCAGAUGGUAUGCUUACGGAUUAUGCAGAACGCAGAUUGUGUGCAGCAGUUCUAGGUUGGAUUCUAGCGGAAGAUCAGCAUCUAGCAAUCAUCUUACGCGAUUAUGUUGCCAAGGGAAGAAGCCUCCCUGGUGUGCGUUCUGGCACCGAUGUUCAGUCCUGGCCGUCGCAUAUGCAGCCAAGAGCGAAGGCAGCAAAUGCGGCCAAUAAUGGCGGGGAUUACAUUGCCAGUAGACGAGCCCUUCUUACCUUAUAUGCGUCACGGUGGAUGUAUGCGCUACACAGCCUCAACGUUGAUGACUAUGCGAGAAUUGUUUUCGAUCUGCUUCUGGCGUUCGCCGAGGAAGAUGUCGUGAAGGAUGACUUUUUCUUAGGCAAGGAAACAGAAGAGCUGCAGAUGAAAGGACGAUUCCACGUCGUUGACAAGAUGCUGAAGUCCAUCACCAAACUAGUACAAGCAGAACUUGCAUUUACAGCCUUCGAUGACCUAUUCAAGAACUGGCUACAGCUAGCUCUGAGUGCCCCCCUGGGCCAUCAGCCAUUAUCCUCCCUCUCACGCUUGUUUACACGCGAGGUGGAAACAAGCCAUCGUUUUACUGCGGCGCUAAGCCCGAGGUCAUCAACGACGGAUUCAUCUCAGCUAGAUGCUGACAAUGCUUUGCGUGUGCUGAUCAACGUCGCUGCCGGAUCGCGGGAGGGGUUCCAACAUACCGCACAUUGGUUAUGCCUGUUCGUGCGAUCCGGUGUUGACAUCUCUCCAGCAACCUAUACGCAUCUCGCAUCUUUGGCACGCCGCUUUAACGCCACACUUGACGACUGUGCUCUCCUGGUGAAGUCGGCCUUAUGGAGCGCUUGGCUAAGAUCCGUCGGGCGUCAAGAACUGCAAGCAACAGUGUCUUCUAUGCACAUCCUUCUAUCGUCCACGAUUGUUGACCUACUCCGAUCACGUAAGGAGGUUCAGAAGAUAUCUGCCUUUAUCCGAGAGUCUCUGGCAUUGUGUCUCCUCCUGUAUGGCUGCGAAAGAAAGCUCAUCACAGAUCUCGGGCUGGUGCAGCAGGACGACAUUUCCGGAUUGCCUUCCAGGCGCAUAUUACACGUCAGAUCUUCGACCAUGGACGACCCUAUAAUUGUCGACGUAGCCUUGAUGCAACAAUUGAAAUGUUAUGUUGAUGCCGAGGUCGAAGAAGUGUCGUGUAUUAUCACUAAAUUCCUCAAUGCUGUCGUCCACGAUGCGUCCUUAAUUGAAUCAUACGAGGUGGACAAUUUCAUACUCCGUAACAGUUCGGUGCUGUGUGGCUGUAUCUGGCAGUUCUAUGGGAUCCAGAACUCCGAGGUCACAACGAUUCGGCCUGCACUUCUACUGCGGAUUCUUGUAGUCGAUAACCAUCCCUUUCAAGCCCUACUUGAUGAUCUCCUCAGUCCAUCCCGUCCCUGGGAGAUGCGCAUGGAGACAGUCCUGCGUCUCUUCCAUAUUGUACUGGAUAUCACAAAUCCUUCGUUCAACGUUGGAGGACGACAAUGGAGACCAAGAGUAACUCCCAUCUUCAACCGGUUUUUCUCUAUGAUGUGGAUGGAUGACAAGGAAGAAGUCAGGCUCGCUGUUGAUACAUGGUCAAAGACUCUACUCGAUGUCCAUUUUGACGCAAUAGCUCUUUGCUACAACGAGUCAUUAGCCAAUUCUCCUAUAUCUGACAAAAUCAAAUUGACAACCUUCUUAAAUCAACUACACCCUCAUUUUCCUAAGUGGCAGGUCUUGUCAUGGAGGUCCAUAACGGACAGUCUACUCGCAAAUGGAAUUGGACGCGAAGGAGCUGAUCCCCUCGCAGAUCACUUUGAAUUGUACGGGAUUGAGUCAACAAAGUCUUUGAAGGAAAUGGACGAUGCGGAUCCCGAAGUGACUCGGUCGAAAGCUUCUCUCAUUUCGCUUGCCUUGCAUAUGAUUGUAGAUGGCGUGCCGAUUGAUCCAAUCUAUCUGGUCAAACUCAAAGGCGACGUGGUGCGUCUUCUCGGCUUCGAGGAGGUGUCGAUGAUUCCUACCGCUACUGGCCGAAGCUUUCACGUUCGUUUCGGUGGUUUGGAUGACAUUCCCGAUCAUGCAGAAUCAUGCAUCAGUGACCUGAUGUUAAUCGUCGACUCGCCGCAGACCUAUGAUGUCUCGCCCUCAAUGAUUGGCGGACCACUCGCCGAAGAUGAGAUCUCUUGUCCAUUGUUAAUCGGCGCCGUCUUCGUAGACACCAUAUUGGACCUCAUUGUUGAAGCAGACGAGAUCAGCGCAAUAUCGUUCAUCACUUUGAAGAAUCUGCUGAAGUCGUUGCUGAUCAUACUUUACAAGCAUGAUUUUGACAGCAAACCAUUGAAACAUCUACACAACAAAUUGCGCCGAGCUGUCCGCCGCGUACUCGAGCUCCUUCUCACAGACCGAAGCCAUGAGUUGCGACAACUAGCUUUAACCUCAUGCCAGGCCUUCGUGCAAAGGUGGUCCGCUCUUGUACCUGGCAACUUCGUAAUCGAAUGUAUUGAUAUCUGUGUCCGAGCGAUGGUCGCGCUGAGAUAUGACCGUAAUGGAGAUGAUCCUCUACUUGACCAGAUCAAGGCAUUUCUGGCCAUGAUGCUUUCAAGUUUCGCGACAGCAGCCAUUCUAAAUACUUUAUGCAAGCGGCCGUUGACGUCGGACUUCUUCGCGGUCAUACAACUCGUUACCGUACCGGACCCCAAAAUUUCUCGCAGCCCAACAAUGCAGGAGCCUCUGCGGGAUAACCUAUUGCGCCAUGCGCUAAUCAAAUCCCUGGAGAAUGAACCCGAUGUGUUCCAAUCAGUUAUUGAGAACAUAGCUACAUAUGUGGAAGUGGUACAUCAUGCGGGUUAUACCACAGAGAUGUUACAAGCGGUUGGGCUGUGGAUGACCGCCAUUAUGCGGCGCACAGCUGAAUGGGCACCAGGCGCCUUUGACCCCAGCUCCCUAUUGAUGCUUGCCUGUAUGCUGAUUGAACAGAACAGGGCACAAAGUCGGGAUAUACUUGGGUAUAUGGAGACCUUGCUUCGUGCAGGAUUGAUACGCUGCAAUGUCUCCGCCGAGAGCCUGGGACGAGUAAUUCAAGUCACUGCGUCAAUCUAUCGGAAGGGCAAUGUCAUAACGAGUGUCGACAGCUCAGUGACCAAUCCCAUGGUGCUCGCGAUGUUGGAAAUUCUGACGGACUGCGCGCGGGGAAGAGCACGCAUCCCGCCGGCGACGAUCACUGCGCUGUUCAAGGCUAUUACAGCGACGAUAAUAGCAAAGACUGGCAGCGACAGAGAUGCAAUCCUUCCGUCAGAUUAUCUCCUCACAAUCGCAGACGAUGCGCUAUUGUUCCUCUAUGGCGAGAGCCUUCCAGAGAAUUUCUCGCAGGCGAAUCUCGAUGCAUCACAAGCUGCGGCUGUGCUUGUACUCGACGUCGCCCGACAACAUCCCAGGAUCCUCGAGAGACUAUCGAGGAUCCCGGCAUCUCUGCGCGUGUGGAACAUCCUAGUGCUAGCUGCGUUGCAAACGCCGAUCGGGGCUCAUACCUUCGCGUUUUGGGGUUACUUUCCGGACUUCUCGCUCGCAUUUUGCCAGUCUCUCGGUGCCUAUCAGCAACCACAGCACACCACAGGAUUCGAUCCGCACGCUCCGGCACAUGGUGAAGUCAGCAGUGCCUAUGCCGCCAUAAAGCUGUGGCUGCUCUUAGCUCGGAAGAUAGCUCAGCAGAACUCACAUGAUGGCAUCUCUGGAGGUCUCAAACGUGUCAGCAAAGAUGGAGAGCUGCAGAGCAUCAAGAUGGUCUGGAAUGAUCUAUGGCCUCCUUUUGAGCGCAUGAUGGGUGUGUUUGAAGUCGAUGCCCACGCAGGAGACACCUCGCCGCUUGCUUCUACCGUGUGGGCUUCUGUCGCGGACAUGCUGCUGUUCCUCCAUCAGGCGCACUUUACGGUAUUGGACCCUGUCUCAGAGACAGAUAUUAUGGAACGUUUGCGUAUCGUCAGCCGAGGAGAGACCAAGCUCGCGCGGCUCGCGCGCACCAUGGCAGAGCCAGCAGCUGAUAUUCCGUUGCAAUGGUUUGUAGACCAGGUGACUACGGAGAUCCAAGCCGAGGAGAGGCUAUAUGCGGCAAAACGUCAGGAGACUGCGUCGGACAGGAGUCGGAGGGUAGUGAGCUAGAGUCGUGUAGCGGCCGACGUUGUCCAAGUCAUUCCCUCGCAGAUCAUGGGAUUUACUAUCAGUUGUUAUUGAGAUUUCUCUCGUGGCGAGUCAGAUCGCUGGCGCGUCUUGAAGCCCCUCUCUACGUGCGUAUGAAUUAUGCUGAUUCCCAAGAAGAGACCGAUGGCAGAUAGGCCGAGUAC